CGGCGGUUGUUCCGCCAUCUAAACCCCCCCCAAAGAAUUCGGAUUAUCUUAUUACACACAGUAGAGAUGGCUGCGGUUGAGAAUUUGAGAACAGUAAUCAACGAGCGACUGACUGAGGCGGUCGAAGACAUAUUAGGAGUUUUUACACGAACGUUAUCUGUUUACGAGGAGGAGAUUUGUCGCCAGCGCACACUGCUGGACAUCGUCCUGAGGCCUGAGAUAAAGCUCCACAGGACAGAGCUCCCGCAGCAAAAUGUCUGCAAGGGGCAAGAGGAGGUUCUCGCCGACCAGCAGCUCUGUUACGAGGAGAGGAGCUCCGGUAUGGACCGUGAGGACCAGGGGCCUCCACGAGUUAAAGAGGAACCGGAGGAACUCUGCGGCGGUCAGGAGGAAGAGCGGCUUGUGCUGAAGCAGACAACGGAUUUGGAGAGAAAUGACCCAAGGGAAGGCCGGACUCUGCAGUUGGAUCUCGAUCGAAAUCAAAAGGCAGCAGAGGAACGGUCUCCGGACAGCAUUCGACCGGAAAGUACAACAUGUGAAUCAGAACAAAGCGGCGGCCAUCGGUUCGUUUUUCACGCCUCCCGCGUCACAAAUCCUCCUCCGGAGGCCAAACAGACCGACAAACCAUUCGAGUGCGACGUCUGUGGCCGAGAUUUCUACCUGUACACGCACCUUAAAGUUCACAAGAUGACCCACCCUGCGGGGAAGCCUUUCAGUUGCGCGGCGUGCGGGAAAGAAUUUGGCUUCAAGCGGAACCUCAAGCGACACAUGGCGACCCACUCAAGCGAGAGGCCGCACGCCUGCAACCGCUGCCCGAGGACCUUCCGUCGCGUCGAGCACCUACAGGUCCACACCAGGAGCCACACGGGCGAAAAGCCCUACCGCUGCCCUUUCUGCGACAAAGCGCUGUCGACGAACUCAGCCUUGACAAAACACGUCCGGCGGCACGCGGGCCAGAGGACGCCGGGGAGGGCUUUCACGGCGAGUCCAGGAGGGGCUGGCUUCGAACCGGAAGAGUUUGCGAGCCGCUUGAUCCCGAAGAUGCAAGUGAUUGUUUGACCGGAGGCUGUUUUCACAAAUGUUUGACUUCAUUUACCCGGAAUUCUCGUCCCACGUGGCUGUAGAUCAUCGCGUGUCUAGUGGUAGCGUAUCACUGAUAUGCUGGCGAAGGAAAAAAAGGAACGGAAAGUCUAAAAAUAUAAAGACGAAAUGUGUUGUAUGUCAUGUUGAAACAUUUAGAGCUGGGAUUGGUAAUCUUCUUCAACAACAUGUUUUUGUUAUGUUUGUUGAAAUUGCCGUCCAGACGGCAAUCAAAUAUUCAAAUCAUUUAAUUCCUACCAAACAUAACAAACAAAUCUCACCGUGUUCCGCGAGCUGCCAGCUUGACCGCUGUACGUGCUAAUGCUGCGUUUCAUUUGAACUGGGAAAUUAGAAUUAUUUCCUAAUUCACAGUUGAAAAUUUAAACUGGGAAGUCCGACGUACCCCACCGACCCCCGACCUCAAAAGAUGGCCGCUCCAAUGCAUCAACAGUUUAAAAAAAAAGCUGUAGUAGUAUUGCGUUUUCUGUCGUACGCAUCUUAUUACAUCAUACAUCUGUCCAACUCCUCUCUGUGGACAUGUUGCUAUGUUUUUAGCUUGCCUAAAAUACCGUCCGUGAUGCGUUAUUAACUUGUAUUGCUAAUAACGGCUAACUUGACUGGAGCAAAACGUCAACAUCAUUCCCAGCUCCAAUUUCCCGAGAAACUCGGAAUGCAGCAUUACAACAGCCAUGCUUAUCCUUUAUGUUCGUUCUAACAUUUUUUUGGGGGGGAGUGGCCCCGCGAAGGGAUGCGCUGUCAUUGGUGCCGACUUGGCAACUUUUUAACUAGAUUUAGAAACUUUAUUGAGUUAAUGCUGCUAACUACUUUCAUUGGAAAAGUGUCGGCGACACCGGACUGGGCUUUUUCAGUUUAAAAUCCAGCUUUUUCUUGCUAGUUUCUUUAGAUUACCAACCCAUAGCUUUAGAUGGACAGUUAUUGCUAUUAUAUAAUACAGUCUGGCAACAUAGAAGAAUUGGCAAGAUGGGGCAGCAUUGUUACUGUUGUGUUGUGUAUGUUUUCACUCUAUAUUUUCAGUUUUUUAUCGUAUGUACAUACGUGCUGGAAUACUUGGUCAGUUAAAUAGUUAGAAAAUAAAUUGCCAACAAUGUUGCUGAUUAUUAAUUGUUAAAAACAUCAAUCAAACAAAACAAGCCUUUGUGCUGAUGCAAGCCUUCCGGAGAAACUGAUGGGCAAAAUGCAACAAUUGCUUAAUAACGGAGGGUAUAUUACCUGUGGGUAGUUUUUGACAAUAAAAAAGGUAAGGAAUCAAGA